AUGGGAAAAAUUUCAGGUUGGAAUUUGCCAUCAAUACCGCAGUCACCACUGCUACCAGCAUCAUCGCCGCUGCCGCUGCCUCCACCGGUUCUGCCUGAUGAAUUCAAGAACCAUAUCAGAGAGUUGAACGGCAGCGACAUUCAAUUUGUGAUGAGCAAGAAACUCUUCCAGACAGAUUUGACCCCGAAUCACGACCGUUUAUCAAUGCCGAUGAAAGAAAUUCGUUGUGAUUUCCUCACUGAGGCUGAGAAGGCAACAUUGAAUGAGAGAGAUUGCUCAAAAGGAAAACUUGUCGGAGUUGAAAUGAAGGUGUUGGAUCCAUCUCUUAAUGAGUUGACAUUGUCGUUGAAGAAGUGGAACAUGACAAGCACAAGCAUCUACUGUCUCACCAAAAACUGGAAGAGUGUUGUCACCCAUAACAGUUUGCAAAAAGGCGAUCAACUGCAAAUACGGUCUUUCAGAAUGGAUGGCAAAUUACAUUUUGUAUUAAAUAAACUCUGA